AUGGACCCCGGCUCUGUGUGGAGCGAAAUCAAGUACAACGCGUGUUUAUUCCGUCAUUGGAGUCCCUAUCCUCAGGUUAGAACCGUCACAGACCCGUUUGACGACCCCGAAGAAGAGUGUGAAACUCUGCGAGUUUACGUGAUUGGAACAAUCUGGGUCGCCAUUGCCGCCUUUGUCAACCAGUUUUUCCAGCCCCGACAGCCACCCAUCCAACUGUCCGUCACCGUGGUCCAACUGUUUCUGUAUCCGUCGGGCCGUCUUUGGCAGUACAUUUUCCCUGACUGGGGCUUCAGAUACAAGGGGAAACGGUACUCGUUGAAUCCGGGGCCGUGGACCCAGAAAGAACAGCUUCUGGCGACCCUCAUGGCCUCGGUUUCCAACAUCCCGGCCUACAUUGACUACAACAUUUUCGUGCAGUAUCUGCCCAUGUAUUUCAACCAGAAGUUUGCCCUCAACUUUGGCUACAUGUUCAUGCUCAUGUUCACGUCGCAGUUCAUGGGAUUUGGAAUGGUGGGUCUGCUGCGAAAACUGGCCGUGUAUCCGGCCAAGGCCAUGUGGCCCACGAUUCUGCCGACUCUGGCUGUCAACCGGGCUCUUUUGGCGCCAGGAAGAAAGGAGAACAUCAACGGAUGGACCAUUUCGCGAUAUCUCUUCUUUCUCAUUGUCACCGUCGGUGCCUUCCUCUACUUCUGGGUGCCCAACUACCUGUUUACCGCGUUAUCCACCUUCAACUGGAUGACCUGGAUCAAGCCCCAGGACCUGGAUCUGGCCGCCAUCACAGGAAGCAUUUCCGGGCUGGGAUUCAACCCCAUCCCCACCUUUGACUGGAACGUGGCCAACGGCCUUGUGCAGGUUCUCUUCAUUCCAAUUCCGUCACUGCUCAACAUUUACGGAGGCUUCGCGUUUGGAGGACUCAUCAUCGCCUCAGUAUGGUACACCAACGUCUACUGGGCAGGCUAUCUGCCCAUCAACUCCAACGCGGUUUUCGACAACACCGGCAAAGAGUUUGAUGUGUCCAAGAUUCUCACCAACAACCUGUUUGACGAAAAGAAAUACAAAGAGUACUCGCCGCCGUACUACUCGGCCGCCAACCUGGUGCUCUACGGCGGCUUCUUCGCGCUCUACCCCCUCUCCUUCUUCCACCUGUGUUUCACCGAAUGGCAUCUGAUGAAAAACUCGUUGGUGGACAUCUACAAGUCCAUGAGGGAUUGGAAGAAGAGCAACUACUACGGCUUCAAGGACCACUUCUCCACCACCAUGUCUCGGUACCCCGAAACGCCGCAAUGGUGGUACCUGGCGAUUCUGCUCAUCACGUUUGGAAUGGCGAUUGCGCUGAUUGAGCACUGGGACACAAAGGCGCCCGUCUGGCUGCUCAUUGUCGUCAUCAUCUUCAACUUCAUCUUUCUGAUCCCCUUCACGGUCAUUCUGUCCGUCUCCGGAGCCCAGUUAACCCUCAACGUGAUCAUCGAGAUGAUUGUCGGCUACUCCAUCCCCGGCAAGGCCAUUGCCAUGAUGAUUCUCAAGGCGUACUCGGUGCAGAUCCAGUCCCAGGCCCAGAACUUCAUUUCCGACCAGAAGACGGGCCAUUACGGCCGUCUGCCUCCCCGAGCCAUGUUCCGGGCCCAGAUGUGGGCCACUCUGUGUGCGGGCCUGGUGGUGAUUGGUGUCAUGCAGUAUCAGCUGACCGGAAUCGAACAUAUCUGCGACCAAAAGUACCAGGCCGAACACGAAAAGUUCACCUGUCCGGGAGAAAUGGUCUUCUUCUCGGCCGCCAUUGUCUGGUCCAUUAUCGGCCCCAAGAAGAUCUUCAACAAACAGUACCCCAUGCUGCGAUGGUGCUUCCUCAUUGGAUUCGGCAUCGCCAUCAUUUUCGCCGUCAUCCACAAAUGGGGGCCCGACUUUUACCGAAAACGACGCCCCGACAAGAAAGACCAGAUCCUCAAGGUCCAGCGCCGACUCCAGACCUUCAACCCCUCCGUCUUCGUCUACGGCAUGCUCAACUACGCGCCCUACAACUUGUCGUUCAUGACUGGCGGUAUCUACGCCGCGGUUUUCUUCAACAUGUACGUGCGAAACCGAUGGCCAGCGUGGUGGGAAAAGUACGUGUACAUUUUCGGCAGCGCCAUGAACACGGGCAUUGCUGUGUCGGCAAUUGUUAUUUUCUUUGCACUGCAAUACACCAACGUCAAUCUCAGCUGGUGGGGCAACAAUGUCUCCACUGCGGGCAUUGAUUUGACCGGAGCCGGGCGCUUGUCGAUUCCCAAGGUCGGAUUCUUUGGUCCAGAUUCUGCAAACUUCCCAUGA